AUGCCCGUCAUGCCAAUCAAAGAAACUGGGUUUGUGCAGAUGAGAGAGCUCAACAACUCCAAUACGUCGCUACCGACCUUCCGGCAAGACACAUCGAUUCCCACAGCUUGGCCUUCCGAUCCCAAACCACUAGCCAACAAUCGAUUCUACGAAAUUUUACUGGAUUUGUACGAUGUUGGCCUGUGCCUAAUUCCUAUUGUAUUGAUGGUCAAGAUCGGCUUGUGUCUAUGGGCGGAGCAUCGAGACAGUUGGCACUCCGCCUAUUUCGUAGACGAAGUCAGCAUGCUGACCACGUAUCUCAUUCGCUUCAAUGGCCAGCUCGCAACCGCCUUCACUAUUGUCUUCGUCUUGAUCUUCACAACCUUCUUGAAACGACUAGCGUUGUGGAGAGCAGAGAAAGGAGAGUACGUGGCGAGGCUAGAGCAAUACCAGGCGAGCAUGUCUAUGAUCAGCACAUUGCGCUCCACACUAUCUUUACGGGUGUUCGACUCGAUCAGUGUUGGCUUGAUCAUCAUGUGGUCCUUUUACUACCUCGGAAGUCAGGCCGGCAAGGAGGAGUACACAUAUCAAUUAUCUGGCCCUUACUCGAACCAAACUGUCGCAUAUCGCACGUUUUCCGCUCCGUCAGCAUUUCAGAAUGCAAGCUACGCAGGAUACUCGUCGUCCUUUCUCGAAUAUAUGAACCUACAAUAUGGCGUCUAUACCACUUCUGGUCUGUCUUACCAAUGGGAUGCCGGAUCACCUAAUCCGUCUGACUAUGCCGGUGGAGCUCUCGUCCCUUUUCCUUCAGGAUAUCCAUACGACCUUAGUGACAAGACAACAAACUGGAAGGAUGUCUCUAAGCCAUCAAAGAACUGGUAUAGUUCAAAUGCCGGUUAUUAUGUUUACGCUGUCUCGAAUCGUUCCAACGGAUACACACCUGUUGGAGACUUCAACUCCGAAAUGUCCUUUUUACAGGUGGAAUGCUCUAAUUGGACGCUUCUCCAUGCAUCGCAAUACCACAAUGGCAUCAUCCAACCAGCUUUGCUCGCCAUGAAUAUGAGCGAUUCCGCGGCAGUCCACAAAGCAAGCAACCACACCUCUCCUCGAACUUUUACCAUUUCUGGACUGCACAAUUCGUCCGUGGCCGUGCAGUUCUCUUGCACCGUUGUCCAGAUAUAUGUCGAGCUUAAAAUACAUUGCAACGGCCUCAGCUGCAGUGCUCGCAGAAUCCGAGAUUCUCGCAGGAAGCACCCGUCUGAAAACUCCACACCAUUUGAUGACGACGUAUUUGCCGAACGGUUCUUUCAAGGCCUUCUCUCAGUCAAUCAAAUCACCACCCAAAAGGCCCUCAACUGGGACCCCGUUGACAGCUGCUUCUAUACUGAUUAUUCUGAGAAGCAACUCUUGCCCACAUACGCCGGUGUUCUCGAGUGUUUGAACUCCACUCUGGCUUCGUGGGAAAUCGGCGCUGGUGCCAGCCAGGUUCUAAAUACAUAUUAUUUCGCCUCCCAACUUCAAGAGGACGACCCGAUGCUCUUGCCUGAUGAUCUCGACCUAGAUGCUGUCGGGGACGACCCUCGCUUCGCCAUUACCGACAUGAGAGGUGGCGAGUACCACGCUAGGUAUGCCACGAACAAACUUUGGAUCGCUGUCGAUUUUAUCUCCCAAACAGUCCUGUUCGGAGCAGCCAUUGCCGCUUUCUGGCUUCGCAAGAACACCAUCGCGCCCGAUAUCUUCGGCUACGUGAGCAGUCUGACAAGGGACAAUCCGCACAUCAACCUUCCUGAUGGAGGCACGACGCUCGGCGGGCUGGAGAGGGCGAGACUUCUCCGAAACGUCAAGGUCAGGAUCGCCGACGUCUCUCGAGACGGGCAAGUCGGACACGUCGGACUGGUGGCAGAAACGCGGCAAGCGGACUUUCUCAGCGCGCAAAAGGUAUACGCUUGA